AUGGGAAUUUUCAGAGCAGUUUUGUCAAACCCAAAAUAUCUCGCUGGCGCUGUUAUCGCUCUGGUGGCCAUUGUUGCAGUUUCAAUCGCAGUACCGCUGGCCGUCAACUCAUCGUCAUCGUCCAGCAAAGAUGACGGCGGGGCAAACCCUUUCUUCGGCCGAACAGUCCUAGACGAGGUGCCACUUGUCGACGGACACAACGACUUACCCAACAACCUCUACAUCUAUGAACGCAAUCGAAUCAAUAACUUUGACUUGAACAGUGAUUUGAAGGCGGAUCCCGUAUGGGGGGCAUCGAGAAGCAGCCACACGGACAUUCCAAGACUUCUGGAGGGUAAAGUGGGAGCGCAAUUCUGGGUUGCAUACGUGGGCUGUAACACUCAGUAUCUCGACGCCGUCGAGCGAACACUGGAACAGAUCGAUGUCAUUAAGCGUAUGAUUGCAAAGUACCCGCAGUACAUGACGUAUGUGACCUCUGCCGAUGGUAUUAUGGAAGCAUUUGAGAACAAGCGAAUCGGUUCAUUGAUUGCAGUUGAAGGCGGUCAUUCGAUGGAUUCCCGACUGGCGAUGUUACGCAUCUACUACGAAUUGGGCGUUCGAUAUAUGACCCUAACGCACUCAUGCAAUACACCGUGGGCGGAUGCAUCCCCGGUGGAUGCCAAUAGUACCGCUAUCUUGAAGAACGUCACCGAUUGGGGUAAAAAUGUCAUUUGGGAAAUGAAUCGUCUGGGAAUGCUGAUCGAUAUAUCCCACGUGAGUCACGGAGUUAUGGUCGACGUGCUGGAAUACAGCAAAGCACCGGUAAUCUUCAGCCAUUCCUCGUCGCACCAUGUUUUUCCCCAUCACCGGAACGUGCAGGAUGAUGUACUGAAGCAGUUGGUUGCGAACAAUGGAAUCAUUAUGGUGAAUUUUUACCCGGGGUUCAUCGGUGGCAAUACGAUUGAUGAUGUUGUUCAUCACCUGAAUUACAUCAAAUCGGUUACCGGUUCGGAGCACGUCGGCAUCGGUGGCGAUUACGAUGGUGUCGAACGCACUCCGGACGGGUUGGACGAUGUCUCCAAGUAUCCGGACCUGUUCGACAUUCUGGCGGACGGUGUUUUUCGGAACGGCACCAGUUUCGAACCAUGGUCCCGAGAGGAGCUGCAACAGCUGGCGGGACAGAACCUGCUGCGCGUGUUCCGAGACGUGGAACAGGUGCGAGACAGUAUGCGGGACGUCGGGCCGUAUGAGGAUCUGAUUCCGUACCAGGAGUUUGUCGAAGCCGGCGUCGAAGAACAACCGUGCAUGAGCGAUUUGGAUAUUCACAAAGCUUGA